GAUUUUGGCUGUUUGGUUUUGGAUCCGAGAUGGUUCCUUCGAGCGAGACAGCGACCGUACGAGUCCUUUGCCAAAAGCUGCUUCUCUCAGCGAACCAACCUGGAACUCUUCAAUGGCUCAUUGGUUCUCCAUUUUUCCCGCCUUUCACCGUCGUCUCCACUUUCCGAUGUAUCCAUCACUCUCCUGAUUUCCAGCAAGAAUCUGAUGAUCUCCGGAAGUUGUUACCAAAAGGUUUUGAAGUUAUUGGGGGUCUGAUAGUUGGGGAUUCUGAUGCUGAGAAAACCGCAUUUGAGGCGGUUCGAGCUGCUCGUAGAUUGCGAAAGCAUUUAUCUGAAGGUGGAGAGUUAGAUGAUGAAAAGGUAGUUGGGGCUAGUUGCGAUGCAGGAACUGGUACCAUUCACUUUUUCAUCUCUAAAAGUGAAAACUUAACAAAGCUAGAGCCUGUUGGUUCCGUUGUGUAUGAGGAGAAGUCUGGGAAAUAUUUAUGGGAGAACGGUUGCUUGCUUCACUGUGAGCUUCCUAUCAAGUUGCCAUUCUAUUUUUCCGCAAGCUCGCCCUCUGAUUCGAAGGAGAAGUUUUCAGAUGCAAUUGAUGCAGUUAUUACUCAGUUUAAAGAACCAUAUGUUGUGUACAUAGCCGAGACCUUAAAGAAAACUUCUGGAGAUGUUCCAAAGCCAGUCGUCCUCCGUGGUAAAGAUUUGGGUUUUGGCGCUGAUGCAUCAAACAUUAACCGUCUUCCUUCUGCUGACCAAGUCUCUGACACUAAAAUGUUGUCAUGUUCCCAUUUCUUUCUGAACAGCAAAACUGCUGCAGCAGUUAAUUCAGCUGAGAAUGCAGAUAAAAUCCACAUAUCUGUUCUGCUUAAUAGAUCUGAAAAAUCUCCGACCUCUGGUGCCCCUGUUGCAGAAUAUUUUCCAGCUAUGGAAGAAGCAAGGCUCAUUGUUGUUGAUUUGAAUCUUGAUGUACUUGUUUAUGCACCCAAGGAUCUUCCACUUAUGCACGCGGUCUCAAAUUUAGUUAUCCCUGCUUUGGUUGAUCAGCUAUAUUCACUGAAGAAGAUCAUCUUACCUUACCUCUUGAUGGUACAUCCUCAGUUACGUAUAUAUCACUUCAGUCCACCUGGAGUAUUACAUCCAAUAACGACUAUAUACGAGCUUAACUAUGGGGAGACUGAAAUGAAGCAAGUCGAUGUUAGAAAAUCUCUACACUUGAGGCUGGGUCUGCCACUGGAUCGUCCACUCCUAAGAACUGCUAAUGCCUUGGAUUUGUCUGUGAAUGAUGACUCAAGGAGUAACAUAAAGAAAAGGGGUUCCUUCUUGCUCAAAGAUGUGCAUAUUGGAAUCCCUAGCAGUGGAGUCGCGGAGGGUGUGGCAUCAAUUAUCCAAGGUUCUUAUGAGUAUUAUCAUUAUCUUCAGGAUAGCUUUGAUGACUCGGGAUGGGGCUGUGCUUACCGAUCAUUGCAAACUAUCAUCUCGUGGUUCAGACUUCAGCACUAUACAUCCGUUGCUGUUCCUUCACAUAGGGAAAUACAGCAGACACUUGUGGAAAUAGGUGAUAAGGAUCCUUCGUUUAUAGGAUCUCGCGAGUGGAUUGGUGCCAUAGAAUUGAGUUUUGUGCUGGAUAAACUUCUUGGUGUAAGUUGCAAAAUCAUGAACUUCAGAUCCGGAUCGGAGCUCCCAGAGAAAUGCCGUGAGUUAGCUAUGCACUUUGAGAACCAAGGAACUCCAAUAAUGAUUGGAGGUGGGGUUCUUGCAUACACACUUUUGGGAGUGGAUUACGAUGAAGGAAGUGGAGAUUGCGCGUUCCUGAUCCUGGACCCGCAUUAUACAGGAAGUGAAGAUCACAAGAAGAUAGUCAAUGGAGGAUGGUGUGGGUGGAAAAAGGCUGUUGAUAGCAAAGGGAAGAGCUUUUUCUUGCACAACAAGUUUUACAAUCUUCUUCUUCCUCAGCGCCCCAACAUGAUGGCAUCGAGGGAGUGGUUUUUCAUGAAUGGACAAGAGAAGAAACUGGAAUUAGCAACUCAGAAUCUGACAUCAUCUCUAAAGUCUCCUCCUCCGUUUGCUGUAAAGAAAGAUGGUACUGCUUUUGGGAAAGGAACUUGGGGAAAGGUUCUUGACAUAGAAGAAGACUCUUCUUGUAUAGAUGAGAAAGAUCCUAAUUGUGAUACUGGAGAGGAACCUUAUGCACUUGUCGGUUCACCGGUGUUAGAUCCUUUGGAAGGUUACAAAAGAGAAGUAGUUUCCAUCAUCGAAGAAUACUUUAGCUCUGGGGAUGGGGAAGUGGCUGCUUCUGACCUUAUGGAUCUUGGUUUGAGUGAAUACCAUCCUUAUUUUGUCAAGAGGCUUGUUUCGAUGGCCAUGGACAGGGGCGAUAAGGAGAAGGAGAAGGCUUCGGUGUUACUCUCGCGGUUGUACGCUGAUGUUGUUUCACCUGAUCAAAUCAGGGUUGGGUUUAUUAGACUGCUUGAGUCCGUUGGUGAUCUUGCUUUGGACAUACCUGAUGCUGUUAAUGUCCUUGCUUUGUUUAUUGCUCGGGCCAUCGUCGAUGAAAUUCUUCCCCCGGUUACUCUAGCUAGAGCAAAGAAGACUCUACCGGAAUCCUCUGAAGGGUUUCAGGUUAUUUUAAUUGCAGAAAAAAGCUAUCUCUCGGCUCCUCACCACGCAGAACUAGUGGAGAAAAUUUGGGGUGGGAGUACUCACAUUACGGUAGAAGAAACAAAGAGAAAGAUAUCCGAAAUUUUGAAGGAAUAUUUAGAGAAUGGCGACACUCGUGAAGCUUGUAGAUGCAUCAGGGAGUUAGGUGUCUCGUUUUUCCAUCACGAGGUUGUGAAGAGAGCUUUGGUUCUAGUGAUGGAGUCUAGAACAUCCGAGCCACUGAUACUAAAACUGUUGAAAGAAGCUUCAGAAGAAGGUCUCAUUAGUUCUAGUCAAAUGGCGAAAGGGUUCUCCCGAGUAGCAGAGAGUCUUGAUGACCUUUCUCUUGACAUCCCAUCUGCUAAAACUCUGUUUGAAUCAAUUGUUCCCAAGGCUAUAUCCGGAGGUUGGCUCGACGAAGAUACAUUUAAAGAACGUUCUGAUCAAAAUGGAGGCUUACCAAUUGGAGACGAAAAACUCAGACGUUACAAGAAAGAUGUGGUAACUAUAGUUCAGGAGUAUUUCCUUUCUGACGACAUUCCCGAGCUAAUCCGCAGUCUUGUAGAUAUAGGAUCACCCGAAUAUAACCCGGUAUUCUUGAAGAAACUCAUCACUCUUGCUAUGGAUAGGAAGAACAAAGAGAAAGAAAUGGCUUCUGUUCUUCUCUCUGCUCUUCACAUGGAGAUGUUCUCAACAAAAGAUUUCAUAAACGGAUUCAUCAUGCUCCUCGAAUCUGCAGAUGACACAGCAUUAGACAUCUUAGAAGCAUCGGACGAGCUUGCAUUGUUUCUAGCUAGGGCUGUGAUCGAUGAUGUCUUGGCUCCGCUUAAUCUCGACGAGAUCUCAAACAGCUUACCACCAAAAUCAACCGGUUGCGAAACCAUCCGCUCAGCUCGGUCACUGAUAUCCGCUCGACACGCAGGAGAAAGACUCGUGAGAAGCUGGGGUGGCGGAACUGGCUGGGCGGUGGAAGACGCUAAAGACAAGAUCUGGAAACUUCUAGAAGAAUACGAAGCAGGAGGAGUAAUAUCAGAGGCUUGUCGAUGCAUACGCGAUCUAGGGAUGCCGUUUUUUAACCACGAGGUGGUUAAGAAAGCUUUGGUAAUGGCAAUGGAGAAGAAAAACGAUCGAAUGCUUAAUCUCUUGCAGGAGUGUUUUGCUGAAGGGAUCAUUACUAGUAACCAAAUGACAAAAGGGUUUGGUCGAAUCAAAGAUAGUCUUGAUGACUUAUCUUUGGAUAUUCCAAACGCGAAAGAGAAAUUUAACUCGUAUGUUGCGCAAGCUGAAGAGAACGGUUGGCUACACCGCGAUUUUGGGUGUUCUACAGAUUCCUGACUGAUUCUGAAUCUCUACAUAUAUAGAGAAAUAUGGAGUUGGUUGGUUUUGGGUGUUCUUCAAAUUGUUCUUUGUACUGAUCUUACUGGUUUCUGACGAAAGAUCAUUCCAUGUACUUUUUACAAAAGUCUCUUUUACUUAUUCUUUUACUCACAUGUAUAUGUUCUCUGAAACUUUCCCAGCAAUGAUUCUUACAAUAGGUUACUAAUUAUGUUUUGCAAAUCUUUCAAUCAAAAUAAAUUUAAUCCAUUUUA